AGGCAAGCUGCGUGGUGAUUUGUGGGGACCGGGAUAAACCAAUCAGAGGUGAGAGCAACGCGAGUGAUUGAUAGAAACCAGCAGAUCGAUAAUCAGUGAUCGGUGAGGCCGCGGACUGAUCGUCCCCAGCUGCGGACCGAAGCUCCUGUUCGAACCACAGUUCGAUUGUUAACGCUUCUCUUCUGCUCUCGGUUCCUGCGCUGAGUCUAAGAUGGCGGCUGUUCCCGUUUUCAGCAGCCUGCAGCCCUGAAACCCUCAGAACACCAUGUGACCAGGAAGCAACAUUCAGCCAGUGAACUGGUCCAGAGCCAGAACCAGUCCGUCACCAGUCCGUCACCAGUCCGUCACCAGAGCCAGAACCAGUCAGUUACCCGUCUGUCACCAGUCACAGACAUCACAGAGUCAGAGUGGCUGCGGUGUCGUCCUGGUGGAAGAGCCGCCUGAUGGAGAGCGACUGUCGGAUCCCUGUGGCCUGCUGCCGGCCCAGAAUCCUCAUCCUCCACGCCCUGUUCUGGGGCCUCGUGUCCCUCAGAGUGUUCGGAGCGGUUCUGCUGAGUGACGAGAAAACUUCAGCAGUGAAGGUGGAGGGCCCCCCCUGCUGGCAGCUGGAGGAGUUUGUGGUGACCACAGAGUGUUUGCAGUGUAACGCCUUCCAGAGUAGGUCGUGGGCAGCCUGUGAACUGACUGGGUACGUGGAGCGGGUCAACUGCACCAGAACCAACAGAGAUGAGCACAAGAGUUGUCGCUCUGCAGUGAUGGAGGAACAUCUCUUUUGGAAGUUCGAGGCGGCCAUGUUGGCCUUGAUGGCUCUUUUCGCUGUUGUGGUGGUCAUCCGUCAACGCUGGCUUGACCGCCUUGCCUCAGAGAAGGUCCGCCGCCAGAUUGAGUCCAUCUAGGACACCAGAGGGACCGGAACCAGGACGAGUGUGUUUUUAUACUUAAGCAGUAUUUUAACAACAUUUGGAGUGUAAAUGGUCUCACUGAGGUCCACCAGGGACCAGGACUAAUGAUGAACCUGCAGAGACCCGGACUGUUUGUUCAUUAUCCUCAACACUAUUUAAAAUGGAUCCAGAAACAGGAAGUGGCUGAGUCCAGGCAGCGAACUCAAGCUCAGGAUGAUGAAUUUGGGGAUGAUGUCAUUAUAAUGAGUCAUUGUGACUGGGUGAAGUUUAACUUGAAUUGAAACUAUUGAGCAAAGUCAGAGUUCAGCAUUAGCUGAAUUAUCGAUCAGCCUCGACAUUUAACUCUUACUGAGUUCAACUGGCUCAAACUGAACCUGAACCAGUCUGAGUGGAUCAGAACUGGACCCCAGUCCAAAUUUAGUGUCAGGAAUGCAACAGGAGCUUUUCAUAGGUCACAGCUGGAUCAAUUGAUUGUUCAAUGUCAUCAUCACAUCCUGAUGAAACAGGAUGUGAUGUCAGACUGGGCCUGUCUCAUGAUCAUCCAGAUCAUGACUGUUCAAUGAACCACGUUCUCCUCUUCUUUUGUGAUCCAUGGUUUCACGUCUGUGUGACCGAAUCUGACAGGCGUCCUCUUCUCUGGUUGGUCAGAAUUUAUUUCUCAAUGUUUCCUUCAGCAGCUGACGCUCAAGUGUGUGAGUGAGUGUCUUUGAAAGCAGCAGCUGGUCUCAUUGUUCAGUUUGGGCUUUGACUGUAAAUAUUUUUGUUUUGUUUUGAUGAAAAAUAAACCAAGACAUCAUCCAUCA